CUAUACCGCGUGUGUGAAAUGUAACGAUCCGGAAAACGCCGAUCCGCUGUAGUCGCUGGCUUUAUGAGCAAUAGGGAGUCAGUCGCCCACACAACAAGUGCUGACUUCAGGUCGCUUCCAAUCGACUGAUAAGGCUCCAUGAAUAGAUAGGAAGUUGACUUGACAGGUAGUUGUUGUAGAAGUUAAAAUUGUUAGCUAAAGGAUUGUGGAAGUGUUAGCUAACAAAUUCAAAAUCAAAUCUCUUUCUGUCCCUGUCUGCCUGUCCUUCUGUCUCUCUGUCCGGACGGCCAGUAUGGAAGAGGGCUUUUUGAUGGAAGUGUGUGUGGACUCCGUGGAGUCUGCUGUCAAUGCUGAACGAGGAGGUGCAGGUCGACUUGAGCUGUGCUCUAGUCUUCUGGAGGGAGGGCUCACUCCCAGUCUAGGUUUGUUGCAGGUAGUGAAGCAGUACGUCAAGAUUCCAGUCUUCGUGAUGAUACGGCCUCGCGGAGGGGACUUCCUGUACUCAGAUCAGGAAUUGGAGGUGAUGAGGAAGGACAUAGAGCUGAUGAAGAGCCACGGUGCCGAUGGCCUAGUGCUGGGAGCCCUGACAGAGGACGGACGGGUGGACACAGAGCUCUGCAUGGAGUUACUGGCUGCUGCCCGUCCUUUGCCUGUCACCUUCCACCGAGCUUUUGACAUGGUUCAUGACUCAGCGGUUGCUCUGGAGACUCUGGUAUCAUUAGGUUUCCAGCGCGUGCUGACAAGUGGCUGUGACAGCUCUGCUUUGGAAGGACUCCCUCUCAUUAAACGGGUCAUUGAUCAAGCUAAAGGGAGAAUCAUCAUAAUGCCAGGAGGGGGUAUCACAGAGAGGAACCUGCAGAGAAUUUUAGAGGGAUCGGGUGCUCAAGAGUUUCACUGCUCAGCCCGCUCCAGUAGAGAUUCUGCCAUGAAGUUCAGGAACACCUGUGUGACGAUGGGAGCUGCUUUCUCAGCACCUGAGUACAACCUAAAGGUGGCAGAUGUGAGCAAAGUCCGCACUCUCAAUGCAAUCGCCAGAAAUACCUUGUGAAUGGUUACUGGACAAUCAUGUCAGACAACAAAACAGAUACCUCAAAAGUAAUCAUGGGUAAUUACACUGAUAUGUGAAUCCCAGAAGAAGAAUUGCCACAGAGUGCUUUUUUCCCCCCUCCUUUCUUAAUCCCUGAUCAAACAGUCCUUGUAAAGUUAGAGCUCAGGGACAGCCCUGCAGCCCUCUGGGAUAUACAUUCUAUUAAGAUAUCUCACAGUGCUGAGAGCUGUACAUAAUUUACAUGUAUUAUUGUAAACCUGUAUGUGGCUUCAGAGGGAGUGUAAUGUGAAUACACAGUAAAGUGUUAAAUUAAAAAUGGCUGUGUUCUUUAAAACUAAAGAACUAACUAAUCAGUGCGGAUGCUGUUUUCAUAACAGUAUGUUUCCCAUUUGCAAUAUUGUUGACCUAUAUUUAUUUACGUCACUCCCUAUUUACAGUGGAAGAUAAUGCACUGUGACCUCCUGUAGUUUUUUUUUACAAGGACACAAACAUUAUGACUUGAUUCAGUUUGCUCAGAAUAUAAUAAAACUGAGAAA